AUGAGGAAAUUCCGUGUAACGAAAACUGUUGGUAUAAGAGUGAUGAUAUACAUCAGCAAACAUUGUGACAGACAGACAGACAGACAGACAGACAGACAGAGACUGACAGACAAACGGAGACUGACAGACAAACGGAGAGAGACAGGCAAACGAAGACUGACAGACAAACGGAGAGAGACAGACAAACGGAGAUUGACAGACAAACAUAGAGUGAUAGACAAACGGAGAGAGACAGACAAACGGGGAGAGACAGACAAACAGAGAGAGACAGACAAACGGAGAUUGACAGACAAACAUAGAGUGAUAGACAAACGGAGAGAGACAGACAAACGGAGAGUGACAGACAAACGGGGAGAGACAGACAAACAGAGAGAGACAGACAAACGGAGGGACAGACAAACAGAGAGAGACAAACAAACGGAGAGUGACAGACAAACGGAGAAAGACAGACAAACGGACAGAGACAGACAAACGGAGAUUAACAGACAAAAGGAGAGAGACAGACAAACGGAGAGAGACAGACAAACAGAGACUGACAAACGGAGACUGACAGACAAAAGGAGAGAGACAGACAAAAUGAGAAUGACAGACAAACGGAGGGACAGACAAACGGAGAUACAGACAAACGGGGAUAGACAGACAAACGGAGAGAGACAGGCAAACGGAGACUGA